AUGUCGAACGACUCGAGUACAGCCGGUGAGGAUCUUGGUGAGAUUAGCGACUUCGACGAGGGCGACUUUAACAUUCUAGAGGAUAUUUCUCCGGUACCUGUUAGCGAGUGGCAGCUGCUCUAUGCCUCUACUGAGACCUACAGAGGAGCUCUUAUGGGAGCCCCUAUGGUGUCCUUGAGCGUUGCUUUCACCCAAGCUGCUCCUUCCCUUG